AUGGAACGCUGGGUUCUAGAAAGAGAUAGCUACUCGUUUCUUAGCAGUGCUCCACACACAUUCAACCUGCAAAAUCGUGACGGCCCGAAUCGUGUAGAGAUCUUUGACAUCACUGCUAUCCCCAGCCAUCGUAGUACCAUAUCUGAAACAACCUGCCUUUGUGACAUUUUUGGAGAUGACUGUGAGUCUCCAUCACUGUCAAGUAGCCAUGCAUCUGCCACAUUUGUCAGGAAGGAAGUGGAUCAGCGUUUUCCAACAGAAGAUGCCAAUGACUCUUCAGGGUCUUAUCACACUGCCAAUGAAUAUGACUUAGGUGACACAACUUCACCAAAUUUAAAGGAUUUUUCCACUUCUGAGAGCUUGGAAUCAAGUUCACCACCAAUUGAAUUAACCAUCUUGUCAGAUUCCAAAAAUGGACUUAACCCACUUGAGGGCACACCACCUGCAACUAAAGUGAAUGUUGAGGACUUUUCACAAACAGAUAACUGGGCAGAACCCCAAGUGUCAGUGAGCUCUACCCCAGUGAAUAAAAUAGAAAAUACAAAUGCGUUCGGACUACAGGAUAUUAAUUCAACACCAGAUACUAGUCUGAUAAAUCCAGCAAAGGAGCCUUCUGAUCCCUCAGGUAAAACUAGUGUAACAUCCUCCUCUUUAGAGGACAGAGAGUCUGCCUUUCUUGACCAAGAAGGAAUUUUUGCAACAUGUCAACAUACAAGUACAAACAUAUCUUUAGAAAGACAAGGCUACGUACCCAUAUAUGAGUCUACUAACUGUGCAUCCUCUACACAAAUAAGUUUGGAAGAAUCUUUACCUGAGCUAAAUAAUGUGGUUUCUUCUGAGAACAAAGAAAGUAUGAACUUUCAUAGUUCACACGAGGAAAGCUUCCACCUUGCAAAAGAGACAAUUAAUAGUGUCACCCCAUCACAAAGCUCAAACACUUCUCAGACAGUCCGUAUCUGUAGCCCAAUUCAGGAAAUGUCUACUUUGCCUGAAAACAGAGAUAUUAAUUUCAUACCUGUGCCCAGUAUCAGUCCUAAGCUCAAAGUAAUUGUAACUUCACCUGUAAGCAAUGAAAUUAGCUUCACACCUGUGUCCACAGGUAAAUCUUCACCUGAGCUGCUGCAUUUGUGUUCAAAUCAAGUGGGGAAUACCUCAGAGUUUCCAGGCUUGGAAAAUACCUACAGUGCAUCUUCAGCUGUAUCUACUCCUCCUACAAAUGAUAAUGGGGAAAUAGAUUCCCUAACUGUGUCAGCCUCUUCCAGAGAAACAAAAGAGCUGGUGUUUUCAUGCAAUCAGAUAUAUGUCGCUGCAGAUGUUAGAGAGAGACUAGCAUCACCUGAGAUCAAUGAAAUCUUAUUUCCUGAUAACUCAGCACCAGCUUACUCACCAGAACCAAUAAUAAUUCACUCACCUAUGGGCUAUAUCAUUAGCUCAUCACCUAUAAAGAAGAGAAAGGCUUAUUCAACUGAACCUGAUGCCUCAUCAUCCUCCCCUGUUAUCACAGGGAUUGAUUACAGUGAUAUCUGCUCAUCACCUGAUCAUUUGGUUUCAGAUCGCUCACCAGAACAAAUAAUGAUUCAGUCACCAAUUUGUUAUACAAUUAUUCCGUCAUCUACACAUGAAAGAAAUGUUAAUUCAGCUGAACCUGAAGCUUCACCAUCCUUCCCCAUCAUCACAAGGAUUGAAAACAGUGAUAUAUGCUCAUCUCCAAAAUGCGCUAAAGUUCUAGCUUGCUCACCAGAACCAACAAUAAAUCACUCAUAUAUGGGUUAUACCAUAAGGCCAUCACCUACAAAUGAGAGAGAGGUUUAUUCAGCUGAACCCAACACUUCACCAUCCUCCCUUGUCUUCACAGGGAUUGAUAACAGCAAUGUCUGCUUUUCUCCUGAUCAUUCAGUUCAAGCUUACUCACCAGAGCCAGCAAUAAUUCACUCACCUGUGGGUUAUACAAUUAGUCCAUCGCCUACAAAUGAGAGAAAUAUGAAUUCAACUGAACCUGAAGCCUCACCAUCCUCCCCUGUUGUCAAAGGUAUUUAUUACAGUGAAAUCUGCUCCUCUCUUGAUCAUUCAGUUCCAGCUCAUUCACCAAUACCAGUAAUAAUUCACUCACCUUUGAGUUAUACUGUUAGCACAUCACCUACAAAUGUGAGAAAGUUUUAUUCAAUAGAGCCUGAUGACUUACCAUCAUCCCCUGUCGUGACAAGGAUUGAUUAUGCAGUAACACCAACAUACAGUAGGGAUUCCACACCUGAGUUAAGGAGCAUUACCUCCACUCCAAACAGCAGACUAAACUACCUUACACCUGAACCAACAUCUCCAGCACCUUCACUAAAUCUGCGAUCAGUCACCUGCUCACCUGAAAUCAAGACAAUUACAUGCAGUGUUCUGUCACAAAAUACAAAAUCCCCAGUGAUUGGAGGCAUCACAUAUAGUGUUGUUUCACCAGUUGAUGUUUUGGCAAUUAGUCCAUCACCUACACAUGAAAGAAAUGUUAAUUCAGCUGAACUUGAAGCUUCACCAUCCUUCCCCAUCAUCACAAGGUUUGAAAACAGUGAUAUCUGCUCAUCUCCUAAACACUCUAAAGUUCUAGCUUGCUCACCAGAACCAGCAAUAAUUCACUCAUAUCUGGGUAAUACCAUUAUGCCAUCACCUACAAAUGAGAGAAAGGUUUAUUCAGCUGAACCCAACGUUUCACCAUCCUCCCUUGUCGUCACAGGGAUUGAUAACAGCAAUGUCUGCUCUUCUCCUGAUCAUUCAGUUCAAGCUUACUCACCAGAACCAGCAAUAAUUCACUCACCUCUGGGUUAUACAAUUAUUCCAUUGCCUUCAAAUGAGAGAAAUAUUAAUUCAACUAAACCUGAUGCUUCACCAUCUUCCCUUGUCGUCACAGGGAUUGAUAACAGUGGUAUUUCACCUGAGGCUCAUAUUAGAAAUGAUGCCUCCAUCUUGGCUACCUCAAGGGAUUUUUUGUUAACACCAGGGAGCAGAUCAAGGCCUUCAUUAUCUGUUUUUAACCAUAUCAGAGAUACAACAUUAUCCCCUGAUCUUCAACUAAACCUGGAGCCUUCCAUCCCUUUUGAACAGACAGAAAAUAAACUUUUAUCAAUUAUCUGUGAUGAAUUGAAUCUUCCUUCCCCUAACCCAAUAAAUAGCAGUCAUUUAGAUGACCCUCCCUGCUUAGAGACUUUCAAAACCAGUGAAUCAGUCCUAGAGGAAUGUAGAGACAUCGGACCACAAGUUUUCAGGCAAAUGCAGAUCUUGCAGGAUUUACCACCUAAACCCUUAAAUCCUGGAUCACCAAUAAUGGAUCACAAAAAAAAUAAGGAAAUUGUUGAUGACGACACAGCUGAUUCAAACAAGUUUGGAGCACCAAAGUCCCGAAGUCCAUAUGCCUCAUCUCUGUCAAUGCCAGUGGAAUCUGUGGUAGAGAAACAAUGCUUGGAGGUUUGUGACAGUAACAGUGGGGCAGAAAUUUUAAAGAAUGAUUCUCCCAGUAGUGACAAGAGGCUUUGCCAAGUGCCUAUAGCAUUGAGGGAAAGCCCGAGGGCUAUCCGUAGAGACAGUGGUGGAAAAUAUGACAGGAAGCCAAGCAGGGAGAAAGAAAGUGCAAAGAGGGAGGGAGAGCAACAUAUAUUGGGAGAAGGGGAGGAGACUAUGGGUGAGAGUAGUUACAGAGGGGAACAGGUUGAGCUGUCAUUCAGUUCCAGAAAUAGUAAAGGGCCUGCAGACCACAGACCAACUCCAUCAAGUCGAGACCCAAAGUUGGAAAUUCCAGCUCGCUGUUAUUUUGAGUCACACCCAACAACUCUGCAGCAACAGAAUCAGUUCAGAAGACAGGGCUCACAACAAGAGGACAAGGGUAGCGCCAAGAGGGUCCAAUCAGCUCUCCAGGAUAUAUACAGCAGUGCAGGCUAUCUUACUACAGAGAAUACUGCUGAGACCUCCAGCAUGGGAAGUGAGUUUGAUGAGGCAGACAAUGAGGUAAAAUGGCUUACAGAUCUGGCCUUCAGAAGCCUAUCUAACCCUCAUGUGGAUUAUUUGGAUGUGAACAAUUCAAGCCACAGGUCAUCUACAAAUGUUUUGCAGCCAUCAACCAUGAAUAGCCCUGGUGCUGUUGCAUGGAUGGCCUACGCAGAUUUAAGUGGCUCAACGUUCCAUGAAAAUGAUGACUUUAUACACAGUUCCUCAUUUUUACCCUGUGAUGCCGCAGACACGAAGAAACGCUUUGAGAUGGAGAGCUUUGAGUGUGUGGAUGUUGCAUUAGAGAGCAAGGAAGUGUCCAGCAGAGGAAAGAGGACAGUGCCCAAAAGGCAGAUACAGCUGUUAAGGCGGAACACAGAUGAAUCAAAAACCAAAGAAAAUGCUAAAAAUGUUUUGGAUUCAUGCUCAAAAGACAUCCUUCGUCAACACAGCACACCAGCUUCUGUGCAGGAGGUCAUGUCCAGAGAGGACCCAAAUUCAUCUAAAAUUUUUAGGAAAAGGACAUUGCAGAAGUCUGUGUCUUUAGAUGAUGCCUCUUCUAAGACCCAAAUGGCCUCCUCCAUUAUCAAGAGCGUGGUGUCAAAGAAAAUGCAGGAUGCACAAAAAGAAACAUCAUGUAGUAAAGACCCAAGUCCAUCUGAAGAUAAAAACAAACAUUCUUGUAUCAGUCCCAGCUUCUUUGAAGGUCUACCAAGUAACAUGGAGAAGCAUAGCUUAAGUUCUAGCCAGCAUUCUGAAUGUAUUCUUUUAUCUGAAGAUUUUUCUGACAGAGAGGAGAGACAUACAUAUCAGCAGCUGAAGAAGUGUGCCCCAAAAGUUCCUCCAAAACCAAUAUUCAGACCUGCGUUCAUUAACACUGGGGAAGCUGGGCUACAGGAAAACUUAUUGAGGGAUGAAAUCAGGCCUAAAAUGGCUAUUCCAUUUGAAGACAAAGUCUGCAAGAAUGAUGGAAAGAAGGGAGAAGGUGGCAACCAAGGAAAGAGGUACAAUAGUGACUCAGCAAAUGCCAGUGCCAGGACCACAAGUGCUGCUGUUGCCACUCAAGCAGUAAGCAUGCAGAACAGAACAAUAAGCAGAGACACAGAGUGCCAAAUGACACCAGAAACGCAAAGACAACGGGGUGGUAGGAAUGUAUUUAUGUCAAAACCCCCAGAAAUAACUCUUAAACCUUCCACUAUAAAAGAGAAAAAGAAGUCUUCUCUGAAAGAUUCUUUAUCCCCUGACAUGGAACUGUCCAAAGAAAUGUGUGAAUCCCAGUCCAUUGAAGAAUCUGCUGAAAAUAAAAGCACCAAAUCUAUGGUAGUUACAGAAAGUGAAGAAGAUAAUGACAACAGCAAAACAAAAUCUGUCAUACAUAGAGUUAGGGAUGUAAGGAAAUUGGUUAAAAACACAUACAACCUGUCUUUCAAAGCAUUGAAUACAACCGCUACCGCAGAAGACACACCAAUUCAAGAGAAAAGAGAUAAGCCACCACAAACUCCUCCAGCGUUGCGCAUUGAAUGCAAAGCUAUUAGUUGGAAGAACAGGCAAACAUCAGGCAGUAAAGCAAUCCAGUUGCAAGAUGAAACACAGGCUGUUGACAUAUCAAAAAUAUCACAACUGAGGGAGGGUGCAGAGGCAAGCAGAGAUACUGAAAUCACUGAAAGAACAUCCAAAGCCUCUUUGCCAAAGAUACUGCCUUCUGAACAUAAAGCGACAGAUUCCCAGUGUGCAACCUUAGAUGGAUUAAAUGAAUAUGAGAGAUCUUCCAUUUACUCUGAUCAGAGUACUAAGCAAGGGAUGCCCCCACGACCACCCAGUAAGGAGAAGGAAGCAUUGGUGGUUCUGCCAGAUGGCACAACCAAAUCAAUUAAGAAUACCUUUGACUCUAAAAUCACUGACCCCACUCAAAUAGAAGCUGCAAGCAGCAGCAGCCACUCGGUAUCCAUGCUACUUAAAGAGAAAGGAAUGCAGGCUGACAUUGGAGUUUGUGAUGUUCGUACUAUUAGUGUGAGUGCUUUAGCUAAACAUGUGAACAGGCUUGAGGUACCUUUACAGGCCUGUUUAUCAGAAGAUAUCUCAAGUGAAGCACAAGUAAACACAGAAAAUACAGCAUUGUCUUGCAGUCUAACACCUCUUGGCAACAGUUCCUUGAGGGCAUCCCAUUGUCAUGAUGGCCCUCACUUUAAGCCAAAAGAACAAAGUGAGAGUCCCAACAGAAUGCUGACAGAAGAAUCUUCAGUACAACAAACAAAGGAGGAAGAAAAUAAGAAAAUAACUUCCACCACAACUAUGACACAAAUGCCAACUAACCUAACAACAUUAGUUAAGCCAGAGGUGAGGUCUUUUUCAAAUAAUACAAAAAAUAAUGCUGUGACAACUGCAUCAAAAGAGAUUGAGUUACCCAUACAAGUUAGGUCAAUAUCCAGUGAUAGGCUAAAGACAUUUGUGCCUUCAAAACCCAAAUUAACUGGUGAUUCAAAGAAAAAUGAGAUGCCAGCAACACUGGUAUUCAAGGAUCAACAGACCUCAUCAAGCAAUACAAAACGAUUGGCUCUAUCGGCUGUUUCAAGCUGCAAACCACCACCCAUUCCAUUGACAACAGCGCCAAGUUCUGUGCAGAAAUCCACUACAAUUACAUUGUCCAGUGUGGAUCAACAGCAGUCUUCAAACAGAAGCACUCACCAGCAACUGACUACAUCUAUUAAUCAAGACCAGUCAGCUCUAGUUAGUUAUUUUGCUUCCAAUCCAGCCGUGAGGCCCACAGGUUCAAAGGCCCAUAGCCACACACAACCUGUGUCAAGAGCAUCACCUAAUAACAGAUUUCACACAGACGACUAUCAUUUCUAUGCUACUGAUGACCCCCCCAGCUAUGAUGAGCGAGAGAGUUUCAGCCCACUACGGUUGUCAGAUUUGCACCCACAAAAGCCAUACAGGUUUCAUACAACCACUAAGCAGUCUCUGUGUUCCUGUACAUCAUGUUCUCACUUACAUCGAGGUAAUCCCAACCACAGCUCACAAGAACAGAUUCCACAAGCCUGUCAGUCUCCAGGCCAAGUCUUCACCUGUCCAGGAGCUCCUCCACAAGCUCAGGUUCGUCCUCAUCAAUGCAGGCCAGAUGGCCAGGCCCCAAAUUACCCAAGAGUCUCACCAAAUACCUCCCAUGCCCCAGCUUUAAUUCAGCCUUUGCACCACCCAAGAGCCUGUCCUGUUGCAAAUACACAACCCUAUGGUGAUGACCAAUCAACAGCUUCUGGGCAGCACAGGGACAGACAUCCAGCUAAUCAUCACCCUCCACAAGUAGCAGGUCUUGCACCAUAUCACGAGUACCCUCAUUCAGCCAACAUGUCUACUCUGGAUUCCAGACCUCAGUUGUUUAAUCCCCAAGAUUUGCCACCAUCCUUUGUUCACGAUUAUGGGAAUGAAGGUCAAGGUGGAGCCAGUGUAUUGUAUCCAGAGAAUCCAAGUGGACUCAGCUGUGGCCAAGGACCUCGUCGUGUACUUCUUGAUCCUGAGACUGGUAAAUACUUUUAUAUCGAGGUACCAAUGCAGCCACUCAGAAAAAUGCUGUUUGAUCCAGAAUUGGGCCAGUAUGUGGAAGUUCUAAUACCACAUCAGGCAAUGUCCCACUCUGGGCUUUACCCACCAGCUGCACAACCAUACUCCUCUCUGCACAAUCCAGGCUUGUAUGCACCACAUUAUCCUCCUUAUGCAAUGCCAUCUUACCCAGCAAUGCCCAGCAGUGCCCAGCAAGUACGACAUCCUGAGCUGCCUGCUGUCCCCACAACACUUCACCAGACUUCCUUAAGAUAUGGAAGCCCUGAUAGACAGUUUCCAAAAAAUGAUCCAAAAGGCCACUCAUCACUGGAUCAAAGCUAUUUAGAAAGCAUGUAUUACAUUCCCACUUGGAUGAAUACAAGUCCAAAUUCUACCCUUUCAGACUGUUACCACAAGCCACCUUCAAGCAUACCUCCUUCUGAAGGAAGAAGAGCAUGAAAUUACAGUAGAAGGAUGUGGCCUGUUUACAUUGUAAAUCUGUUCUAGACAAUUAUAAUCAAAAGUUGUGGUUUCUCAGUUGGAAGACUAUAGGGCUGUUCUCACUGAGCGCAUUUUUGCAUUCAUCUGCACUGAUUUUUUUUCUUCUCUUAUGUAAACAUAUGACGGACAGACAUCUUUGAUAACUGUGCCACAUCUUGCUGCUGUUGUUUUUUUUGUCUUCUUUUUUCUUCUUUGCAGCAUUUCGUGCUGGUGCACAGCAUUUUUAAGGUUUUAAAAAGUAAUCUUAAGACCCUUUACCUUCUUUAAGACAUCUGCAUUUUGCUUUUUUAGUGCAAGAAUGUGUUCAGUCUGAAUCGCCCAUAAGGUUGCAGAAUUAUUGUUGUUUUUGCUGAUUUUAUUUCAAACUAACUGUAAAAAGAUGUUAAACGUGUUUCUGACAGGGCGGAGGGCAGGGCCGGGUCGUGAUUAUACGUCCCUUAUCAGGCUAAUUAAGCCUCCGAGAGGGAUAAAGGCCGAUUGCGGACGGUGGUGCGACAAGAGAGAGAGAUCUUUUAUGGACAUGUCCAUCAUGUGUGUGUGUUUGUCUUUUGUUUAAGUUAACCAUUAAAAUAUUGUUUAUAUCGCCAGACCGGUUCUCGCCUCCCCCUUUCCAUUGAACUGCUUUACACUGGUACCGAAACCCGGGAAGGAGGAGAGAUACGCCGUAAUAGAUUUCUCGCCACUACCAUCCACCCCAACGGAGCAGCCACGAAGGGAGAAGGGGCUCCUAACUGACCACCUGGAGCGGUCAGGGCCGCUGCCAGGGGCGGAGGAGUCCCCUACCGGCCGCUGAAACGCGGUGGGGUCUGAGACCGCCGACCGCGAGUGGGGAGGGGCUCGCUGUCGACCGCCUGGAGUGGGAGAACCGCUGCCAAGGGCGGGGGAGACCCCUUCUGUUCCCCGAGAACGCGGCGGGGCAUACCGUCCGCCAGGGGCUGGAGGACUGCCUCCGAUCUGCCCGGAGAGGUGUGGCUGUCGUCCGUUAGAGGGUGGAGGAGUGGUCGAGGAACAAGCUACGGCGUAUCGGAGAACAGGCGAAUAAGUGUUUUUUUUUUUCAUCUCUCUCUCACUGCCGAUCCGCGUUGGCCUUUUCCCUCUCGUUUAAAUUUUACAGUGUUUUUUGGGGGGGUACUACACUGUUACAGGAAGUACCCCCCCCAUUUUUAAUAUUUCUGUUUCCCUCCCCUUGUCCCCUCCCUCAUCCAGGUAGACGGGGAUGACCUGCCGGCAGACAGGACUUAGGGUACGCCCUACCCCAGGGAAAGGGGUGGGGGCUUGUACGUCAUGCCGGGGGCUCCCCUGCCUGAGAGAACGAGGGAGGAAUGUGACAGGGUGGAGGGCGGGGCCGGGUCGUGAUUACACACACCCAGUCCCUUAUCAGGCUAAUUAAGCCUCCAAGAGGGAUAAAGGCCGAUUGUGGAUGGUGGUGCAAUGAGAGAGAGAUCGUUUACGGACAUGUCCUUCAUGUGUGUGUGUGUUUGUCCUUAUCUUAAGUUAACCAUUAAAAUAUUGUUUAUAUCGCCAGGCCGGUUCUCGCCUCCUCCUUUCCAUUGAACUGCUUUACAAUGUUAAAUACAAAAUUUCAAAAAUGACUAUUUUCUAACAUUUUACAUAUAGUUGGGAUUAUUUUGUGUACUGUACAAACGAUAAAGUGAAAUUACGUGAAUUAUUCACUUUUCUUUUAUGUAU